AUGGAUCAAAGCUUGAAAAAAUUUGAAACAGCUUAUUUAUCCUUGGAUCAAGAUCGCAUGUGGACAUUGGAGAGUGGUCGAAAGGUGGAAGAAGUCAUUUUUAAUCAUGCAAAAAACCUGAAUGAAGAAUCAUUAUUACACUCGUUCGUAAUUAAUGAUAGUGAUAAGGAUGUUCAAUCAUUGUUUACUGAUGAUGAGUGGUUUGAGAUUAUUACCUCGGAAGUUAAGGCUAAACCAAAGCUUGAACAUAAUGUCAAAGAAUUAAUGAAAAAGUACACUCUUGAAGAUGUCAAGAAAUUACAAAAGGUUGUUUUUGAAUCAUAUUUAUCUGAAGAAGAAGAAUACGAUCAGGAUAUUCAAUUUAAACUUGAUUAUAUAAAUUAUGCCUAUCGAGGAAUGUUAUUUGUAUGGCAAAAUGAAAAGGUUUUCGUAGAUCAUGAAGUGGACGUAUGGAACCGCUUGAUUGAUCCAGCUUUUCAAAAUAUGGACAUUAAGUUAGUACAUGGGGACAUGAGUUUUGCAUCAUGCAAACGAAAAAAUGAAGCAAGAAAAGGAAAACAUAAGAAAAAUCUUGGUCACAAGAGUGAUGGAAUAUUUAGAUUAUGCAGUAGUCAUUUGGAAUUUGGGGCAAUUGAGGUGGAAAAAAGGUGGACAGGUGGUUAUCCGUCUAUUUCUUUAAAAAUUUGCAAAAUGCUCAAAGACAUGGUGACACAACUUUCGGGUGAAUGCAAUGACGAGGAAUCAUAUUUGAGACGAUUACAAUUAGUUGGUAUUAUUCAUGGACCUACCAAAAUUCGAACAAUGGUAAUGGACUGUCCCAAGGGAUAUAUUUCACGCGUUCUACAUCGUAAAGUUUGUGAAGUUUCUAACCAAUUAACCAAAUCCGAACCGCUUGCAUCUGUGCUGAAGGAAAUCUUAGUUGCCAAAGCUAUUAUUAAUCAAACCUUAAAUGUUAUAAGAGAGAAGAAAAAUUCUGGUUCUAAAAAAGGGUUUGAGACAAGAACCAGAUCUAUUUACAAAGCUUCUACUUUUAAUUAA